CACGCAUCAUACAAGCUGGUCAACACAACAAAGAGGAUAUUCACUUGGUUAUACAAGCCAAAGACAAGUAAGCUUCCCUCUGGUUCAACAUGGCACGAUUCGGCGUAGCUGUCAUCGUAUUUUCUCUUCUGGUUUUUUCCACAGGUAACUGGAUGGCAUUUUUGGUAAUAAUCUUCACAGAAUUACGAAAUUUCCCUUAGGUUUUGUGAAAGACUAAAACUUUUAUACUCCAACGAGGUUAUUCGCGGUUGAUUUAGUUAUCUUUUAAUGGACUUAUAGAUAUCGCAUGUUUUGCUUAGUGUUAUCGAUAGCUUAUGUUUCGUGAUUUUAAUACCCCACGACUAAAGAAUGGCCGGAACGGAAAAUCAAAGAGAUGCCUCUGAUGUUAAGGUUUGUUUCGGCACAUCUGUUUCGGAAUUUCAGCCGAAUGAAAACUUUGCAUAGCUGCAAGCAGGGGCGUUAACAAAUUGAUGAAAACUUGCGCGACAGUGUUAUACAAUGCCAAUUACCAAGAAAGGAUGGCCUUAUUGGUUCUAGGACUGCAAAGAGAACAGUUUAGAACUAAUAUAUAGAGCAAUCUAGUAUAAAUAAAGGUUUUGAGGAUAGAUCUUCCACGAAGUCAUGAACAAAAGAGUUCAAUAGAUCCAAUAAAGAAUGACCAUAACUAGACCUCUGGUUAGAAUAGUUUAGAACAGAUCCAGUCUAUAUAUGAUUAUGCUGUUUAUAGUUCAGAUUGUUUCAUUCUGUUGUAACACAGGAUCAACUAGAGAACGCUUGCAGACUCCGUCAGUGAAUUAAGUUAUGUACUUCUGUAUCAUGCAUAAAUUACACAAUGCGCUAAUUACGCAUUCCGCUUAGUCUGCCCAAUGACAAACUGUUGCUAAUUUUUCACCCAAUUUUCAACCGAAGUUAACCAAAAUUUAAUCACUUUGUCCUUGGGCAAUGUCCAUUAGUCACACAAAUUUUGGUAUUAAGAGGCUUUUUUUCUAUGUCACGUAUUUGCGAUGCAAAGCGUUCAAGACCGAAAAUCUUUUGGUCGUUCCUCUCAAAAUUGCUUCGUUUUAGCUUUAUUCUCUAGUUUAUACGGUUAGCAACCUUUUUGAAUGCAUUUGCCAGUUGAGAAACAUAAAAUGAUAGCAAAAAAUUGUCAAUUAAAAUACAAUUAUAUAUCAAUGACGUUUUAAAAGUGACGCCAUAUUUACAGCAAUAUAAGCCAAACUAGAUGAACUCCAGACAUAAUUUUCUCGUAUCAUCUAAAAUCUCUUCAUUUUGGCAUUAUUUUACAGAUAAAAGGACUAAACAUACUUUUUAUAGUUUGUUUGCCGAUUGAGAAACGUAUCGAAAAAUAAAAAUUUUGGAUGAUUGUAUAGUCAUAACAGCAAGUGGUAUAUAAAGGCUGACUUCCACUGUUGCGUUUUUCGUACGCACGUACAUGCACGUAAAACUUUGAAUCCUUCUAUUUUUUAAAUAUUUUACAAAUAAGUUACUAUACUAAGAUUUGAGGAACACUAAAUUCUGUUGUUUUAUUUAUUUGAUUAUUUAAUAAGUAACAUUUAAACGGAUUUAAAGUUUUACGUGCGUACCUCCUAUAUAUGCGUACGUAUGAAAAACGCAACAGUGGAAAUCAGCCUUUGCACUCAUUUAUUAGUUUUGAGCGCGUGUUACGUAACGUACAAAAAAGUCUCCUCUUAAAAAAUACGUUUGAUAUUCGUACUGACAAACACACAAACAUACAUCUGACAAAUGCGGAUGGAAACAUAACCUCAUAGCGCAGAUAAUAAAAAGAUUGACCAAUAUACUAGCUACUAACUCUUGACGAAGGGCCUUCGCUCGAAACGUCGAGUUUAUGCUUAUUUUUUAAGGUAGUAAUAUAACCACUCAGCACAGCAUUUUCACAUUGGUACUACCAACACUGGUACAGACAGUUUUACAAUAUACUAGACCUAUCUAUACUGUACAUGAAGAGAAAAGUUUGGAAACAGUAGAGCCAGUAUAUAACAACAAAGGUUGUUUAAGCCCGCUUAAAUACGAAGAAAUCUUCGGAUUGAUAGGGAUGCCACUACCUGAAAACUAUCUCUUCCCUAGAUGCAAGUGAACCACCGCUAGUGUUCUGCGAUGGAUAUGACAUUUCGCAAUUGGCAAAAUGCAAAGAUAACCAUGGCAUCCGAGUAGAUUCCGCCAAGUAUGGAAGAGAUCAAGACAUAAUGUGCCAGCCUGAUGUGAAGGAUGAAAACAGCACUCGUAUCUGUCGCAUGAAAGACGUCCAUGACAUAAUCAGCCCACUUUGUGAUGGAAAACAGAAGUGUGCUCCCUUAACUAUCAACACUACUAACUUGGGAGAAGUGGAGAAAUGUCCGCAAAACGUGAAGAAGUAUUUGAUCAUGCAUAUUGAAUGUCGUAAGUUCAUUUUUCAUAGGGAGCGGAGGGGGUAGAAGAGGCAAGGAACCCCUCCAAUUUUCAAUAAUCUCACCCCCACCCUACCCCUAACAGAAAGAAUCAGUAUCGUCCACUUCCUUCAGAAACGUUUCAAAAUGUAUGUUAGUAUUAAUAGAGUAUGACCUAUCCAAAAUUUUUUGAAAUUUUUUUGUUCUUGGACGCAUGCGUUGAUUGAAAUAAUUAUGGAACAUUCCAUCUUUCACCUCAUGAAAAUAUUCUUUAUACCAUUGCACUCAUAAAACAUUCAUUAUUUGUAUAAUAUAUACAUAAUAACAUAAAUACCUGUUCUGACUAAUUUCAUAACAGUUCCGUUUUGUGACAGUGACAAUUAAAGAACCUGAUGAUGAUAAAACACAACGACCAAACGUAGUAGAAGCAUCUAAAAAGGAAACAAUAAAUAUUCUGCAACACGAGAAAGCAAGAACAAGUACCGGUAUAUUGUUUCAAGUACAGCAUGAUUCAUCGACCUCCGUCAAACCUGUGGGACUUUUCAUAUUACUUGUUUUAGGAACUUUUUGUAGCUUAUAUUCCUGAGAUUACAGCAAUAAAAUGAUUUAUAUAUAUAUGGCAAUCUUGUAGAAUGUAGAACUUUGAACACAUAAUAGGGAUCUAAAGGGUGAAUUGUGAGAAUCGGGCUAUAUAAUGCGAGACCAUUCCCCAAUUAAUUUAACCAAAAUUUUGAACUCAACAAGUCUAGACAAAAAUUUCAUCACAGCUUGAAAGAGCAUCACAAAAUUAGUAAUAUUCCAAAGUUUCGUUGCAAAAUGUUGUAAAAUGUGGAUAUUAUAGCCUUGCGAAGUUUGUAAUUUUCAGUCAUUUUAGAUUACAAACUGGAAAUGGUUACCACUUCUAUGCGUAAUCUAAAACGACUAAAAAUUACAAACUUCGCAAGGCUAUAUAUAUUAUCCGCAUUUUACAACAUUUUGCAAUGAACCUUUGGAAUAUUACUAAUUUUGUGAUGCUCUUUCAAGCUGUGAUGGAAGUUUGUCUAUAGACUUGUUGAGAUCAAAAUUUUGGUUAAUUGGGGAAUGGUCCAUUCAGAGACUCGGAGCUUGAAAAAAUUACACUUUCCUGGAAAGUGCGCAAUUUGGCUAUGGAGCCUCGUUUUUACGUAUGCGAGAUCAGUUAAAUGCAAGCUUCUGAAUCGCGAAAACGAGGCUCUGUAGCCAAAGUGACGUCCUUCUGAGAGGGUCUACUCUACCGUUCAAAAACGAUAAAAAAAGAUAUCGCAUGAACACUAUAAGCAAUUUUUCAAGCUCCGAGUCUCUUACUUAAAAUAAAACAGAAGUUUUUAGACUUUUAGUUGCUUAUUUUAUACAAUAUAUCCUGUAUUAACUUGUAUACAGAAAUAAUUAACACUUAAAUGUACAUGUAGCGGCAGAAUACUAACUAUUGAAAAAUGUAGAAUGGUCAAAUUUUGAAAAAUGUAGAAUGGUCAAAUUAAAUGAUAUAUGUAAGAGUA